CAAAUCCAGAAGUCCCAGAACCAGAAUUCAAUUUUCUUCUCCGUCUUACCCAUCUUCCCCGACUCUCUAUCAAACCCUAAUAAUAUAGCCAUACAGACUGUUCCCCUUUGUAUAACCCUCACAGAUUCUCUUAUCUCCCAAAUUACAACCGCCAUCCAAUCCAUAAUUCAACAUUUAUCGGAAAUUCCUGUUUCGCCGGAAUUUCCCUGAAAAUCUGUCAUUUCGAUUUCCAUCCGAUCAUUUCACAAUCAGGGAUUAUUACUCUGUAGACUGAAUCGCGUAGAUAUAGAUAUCUGUCGACUGUGGCGAGCUGUGUUGGUGGAGGCGUUGGGAUUCUGAGUGAAAAGAGGGAGAAAAUGGUGGGUGGUGGAAACAGGAAGGAUGAUCAGUUGGUGAUUAACAGCACGAACGGUUUCGCGGCGCUGGGAGCUCUGAGGAAGAAGAAGAAGUCCAACAAGGAUUCCAAGAGUAAGGUUUCUUCCGGUUCGUCGAAGCAGGAGGCUGAGCCGCAGGUUUUCUGGGCUCCGGCGCCGCUGACUACGAAAUCGUGGGCCGAUGUGGAUGACGAAAGUGACGAUGAUUACUAUAUUACUACGGCUGCGCCUAAGGUUGUUUGGGGCGGUGCGACACCGGCGGAGCAGCAUUCUAAGACCAAAGAAACAGCCACUCCUGUUUUAGAGGAGAGUGAAAGUGAGGAUGAAGGCCUUGAUGAAGUGGAUGACUAUAUUGAAGCAGAACAGGACAAUGAGCCUGAGCCUGAGCCUGAAGAGCCAGUAGAGAAGGAGCCUGUUGCUAAGAUACCUGCUGAAGUUGGGGCACCUAAGGAAUCAGAAAGGCAGCUGUCAAAAAAGGAAUUGAAGAAGAAGGAACUUGAAGAACUUGAAGCUAUGCUUGCUGAAUUUGGAUACAACCAACCUGAGAAAAAAGACGAUUCACUAGGUGCUACACAGAGCAAGAAGGUAGAGAAUGUGAUGAAUGGAGAGGAUAAGAAGGAUGAUGGUACUACUAGUGAGAGCAAGAAUGCAAAAAAGAAGAAGAAGAAGUCAAAGGAGGCCAAAGAGCAACAGGAUCACCCCAACGGUGUUGAAGUUGGAAAUGCAAAGGAAAAAGAUGAAAGUGGUGGUGGAGUGGAGAAGGCCGAAGAUGCUCAUAAUGUUGAUGUGAAAGAAAAGCUUAAGAAAGUGCAGUCGAUGAAAAAGAAGAAGUCAAGCAAAGAGAUGGAUGCUGCGGCCAAAGCUGCUGCUAAUGAGGCUGCUGCAAGGAACGCAAAGCUAGCUGCUGCAAAGAAAAAGGAGAAGAACCACUACAACCAGCAGCCACAACGGUAAAUUCAUUUUGUUUUUUUCUUGAGUUGGGGAUGAACAUAUACAUAUAUCUAUCUUAUUAUUGUCCAUUGUUAAAUGUACAAUAAACAUCAGGAUCUUGUUCAAUUGAGACUGACCUUUGAUGUUUUACUUUUUGCUGUUAACAUCCUUUCAAGUUACCAGUCCAAAACUUUGUUUACCCUAUCCCCCCAGCUUUUCUCGUAUGUAAAUUUUUGAAGGAUUUUGUAUGCCUAUGGUUUACUCA